UUAAAAAGCUGUUUAGAAGGUUGUAAAUAGUUUUUUUGUGGCCCAGGUUGAGUGAGAGGACUGAGAAAGACAGGAGACUCAGUUAUGCUCUGGCACUUUGCCUUCUUUCAGUGUUACUCAGAAGAGUAGACUUCUUUGUGGGAAAGAGGAGGAGUGGCAGCAGGAGGGGAUUGCCAUUUUGGAGUCUGCUAUUUUAAAUUUCAUUUUUAAUGGAAUAUGACCACAGACCUGGCAAGAAUGAGAGUCAGAAAUGGUAUUGAGAGAAGAGGGGACAAAUCUAACUUUUCUGUCUUCCAACUUGAAAAUCUUUGUGAAAAAUAGUGCAGUAUUUAUAGCUCAAGUUGGAGUUGAGUUACAUGACUUUUGGAAGUAGGUGUAUACAAAAGAAAAUAUUUUCUUUCCUCAAUGAUUAGCUAUGCUGCCUAUAAUGUAUACCAGUUAUCAGCAUAUUCCUUUCCUAUGAAAUUUGAACUGUCUGGGGUAAUACUAACUUCCUGAGGCCAGAAGAACCAAAAGUUGCUAAUGAGCCUGAUGAAUACCUUUUCCAAGUCUGCCUUUUUUUCUAACAUAAACCAAAUGCAAGGCAAACAUAUAAGCUAAUGAUUUACAGUCUAUUUGCUAAAAAUACCGUGUUUACCAAGCAAAAUCCUGUUCUCCAAUUUUGUUUCCACAUUGCUAUUCUUAUUAAAAGGUUUAAUUUCAUUUUUUAAAAUAAUCCCUCUCAGUUUUGCUUUGGAUUUCAAUGUAAUUCAGAAGAUCUGCCUAUACUCUGGUUCAUAAGCUCCUGAAACUGGAAAACACCUAACUUUAUCAAUAUAGAAUUCUGUCUUAGGAAAGGUGAAAAAAGGUAGUGCCACAGAAAUGUAGCAUACCCAGUACUAAAACUGAAGUAACUUCCACUGUUAGGUUUACUUUAUAGCUCCAGAGACACCACUUUUUGCAAUGUGCAGAAUUAUUAUACAUGGGAUAAUUGUAGUGCUAUUAGAGGAACUUAAUAUAACUAACCUUAUCUUGGAAAACUGUGAUAGAAUAUCUCAGGAAGUUCAUUGAUGAUUCUUGAGCUCGCUGAUAAACUGUAACUAUAGGCAUGGUUUAAAAUGCUGGCUUCUCCAUAGGGCUAAAGAAUAACUCAGAAUAUUUUCUAUGUUGCGCCUGAAGAGGGAUCCAAUACUCAAAAAUUUGACAGCCUCUUCCUUCUACUUUUAGCUACUGCCAGUAUUUAAUUUCCAUUAAAAGUGGAUGGAUGUAGUAGUAGUGGUGGAUGUAGCAGUACUAGUCAACUGUGGAAUUUUGUUUAAAGCCGUCUUUCAAAUUAACAAAGGUCUAUAAAUGUGUUGGGGUUUUUUCUAUAAAAAGGGAGUGUACUUUCCCUUUUUGAUUGUUUUCUUAAGCACCUCUGAAAGAAAAGCAUCUACUCCUACAGAGUGCUGUCAGUUGCAGACAACUGUGCCCACAUGAAACCCUACUGCGCAUGAUUUCAAAAUUAAGCAUCUGGUAAAGACUUAUCCAGGUGAAGACUGCCGUGGUCACUUUCAAUUGAGACUGUCUCCCUCCAUCGGAACAGUGACAGCUCUUCCUGGUGGUAUUUCUAAGCUCAUAUGCAGGAUGUUGAAGAGACUGUCUCACACAAAAAUCUUCAAAGGCUGCAGAGACUUCUUUGCCAGUGAGAACUAAAGCAUGACUGCCAUCCAGGAAGUGAGUGGUUUUUUCCUUCCAUUUCCCUGAAAAAUUUGUGAAAUUCCUGAGAAACACAAAUUUUUUUCUGAAGUUCUGAAGAUUUUUUCCUGAGUUCUGAAGCUCAUAUGAACAGAAAGGAGGACAUUUUUUUUUAGCCCUGCAAAGCUACCUGGUAUUUGAAAUGCUGAUGAGGAAAUUACGGUUUUGCCACAACUUGCGCUUCAGGCUUUUCUUGGGUCUAACUCUCAUUUUAGUAAUAAUUUCAGUUCUGAAAGUCAACCAGAAAGAAGACUUCCUAAAUCGGAGACAUCUGGAGCUAACAAAAGAAGAUCCUGUUAGCAAUGUUAACUGCACCAAGAUUAUUGAGGGGGAUAUAGAAGAGAUACAAAGGGUGCAGCUUGAGGCAUUAUCAGUGUCAUUUAAGAAACGCCCCAGACUAACAACAGAUGAUUAUAUUAACAUGACUGCAGACUGCGCCUCCUUCACCAAGACUAGGAAAUACAUUAUGGAACCUCUCAGUAAUGAAGAAGCAGCAUUUCCAAUUGCUUACUCAAUAGUGGUUUAUCACAAAAUAGAGAUGCUUGAUAGACUUCUGAGAUCAAUCUAUGCUCCACAGAAUUUUUACUGCAUUCAUGUAGAUAAAAAGUCUCCAGAAUCCUUUUUUGCUGCUGUUAAGGGAAUAGUGUCAUGUUUUGAUAAUGUCUUUAUUUCCAGCCAGUUAGAGAGUGUGGUAUAUGCUUCAUGGAGCAGAGUGCAGGCUGACAUUAACUGCAUGAAAGAUCUCUACAGAAGAAGUUCAAACUGGAAAUACCUAAUAAACCUAUGUGGUAUGGACUUUCCUAUAAAGACCAACCACGAAAUAGUGGAGAAAUUAAAAGCCCUUAAGGGUGAAAACAGCUUGGAAACAGAAAAAAUGCCUGUUUAUAAAGAAGUUAGGUGGAAAAAACACCAUGAGAUUAUUGAUGGUAAAAUAAAGAACACAGGCAUAGACAAAAAACUACCACCUCUCAGUACUCCAGUUUUUUCUGGCAGUGCCUAUUUUGUAGUUAGCAGAAGCUUUGUAGAAUAUGUACUAGAAAACAGCAAAAUACUUAAGUUCAUUGAGUGGGCAAAAGACACAUACAGCCCAGAUGAGUACCUAUGGGCAACAAUCCAGAGGAUCCCUGAAGUCCCAGGUGCAUUUUCUUCCAGUAACAAGUACGACGUGUCUGACAUGAAUGCGCUGGCCAGGUUUGUCAAGUGGCAGUACUUUGAGGGCGACGUGUCCAAAGGCGCGCCCUACCCACCGUGCAGCGGCGUUCACGUUCGUUCUGUCUGUGUUUUUGGAGUAGGAGACUUGAACUGGAUGCUACGAAACCACCACUUGUUUGCUAACAAGUUUGACACUGAUAUCGACCCUUUUGCAGUGAAAUGCUUGGAAGAGUACUUGCGGCACAAAGCUCUGUAUCUGCAAAAGAACUGAAAUGAAACUGCUAUGAAACAUAGGUACAAAAAUUCUACUGCAACGUGGGAUGCUGACAGUGGGUAUAAUGACCCUCACCAUGUUGGUUUGGUGGUGCUCAUGCCCUGCCUUGUCUAUGGACUAGGGGAAGAAAAGACAUGUCUCAAGUAUGCCUUGUUGCACGCUGAGGCUUGGAGCUUCAGGUACAAAAUCAGACAGCAGUUUUUGGAAAGCCGACUAUUUGGAAUAUUUAUUAUCUAGAAGGUAUAAUUAAUGGGCUUCCUUUGGCUAAACUGUUUUAAGGUUUUAAGGCACAGAAAAUGCAUAUUGUUGAUGUGUUAGUUUUUUUUCCAUGAUUGUAAUGCUAGCUGUCAGAGAAAGAUGAAGGGGGUGGGAUAAAAAGCAGCUGGACUGCACGUCAUACUGAGUACUGAAAGAUCUCAGGAAUAUAACAUUAGAAAUUAUCUAUAAGCUAUGCAAAAGGGGAUAUGCAAAGCCAGCUGCUACCAUUUUACUAAGAUCUCUUUGCUGCCGUUCUGUUUUUUGUAAAAAUCUUAUUCCUCUUGAAAAUUUUGUCUUCAGCAUGGAGUAUUAAGGAAUUCAGAUAUUUCUUUUGUAUUCUUAGAGCACCUGAUAUUGUGAUACAAAGUUUAUAGACUAGUUUAAAAUUACAUCUUCUCAGGGAAACUUCAGUUUUGUGCCUGAUGAGAUUUAGAUUUGUAAUUUUACAUUUCUUACUGUAUGGGGAAUUUUGCUUUUGUAUCCAAAAUCACUUAAGUUUCUUAAAACUCAAAGAACUGCAGUAGUGUCUAAAUAUUACUGAUGGAACUGCUGGUUUCUGCUUUCUGUCAAGCUCAACUUGCAUUCCAGAUUACUUUAACACUAUGUAAAAAAAAAUAAAAUUAUUUUUUUUAAUGA